AUGUCUUUUUCUUCCAAUUCUGAGUCUUGGCAUUCUUUUAGUAACUCUACUCCUAUCUCAGGACUUCAGUCUAAAGCCACUUCACCAAAAAGAAAAAAUAUACAACCUACUACAAUAUCUUCAUUGACUAAAGAAAAAUUUAUAUGCAAAGAUAUAUAUGAACAUUGGGGAUUAAUUUGGUACACUUAUCAUAGAACAUUGAAAAUAAAAAUGAAGGAAGUUCUCACUAAUGUUUCUUGGAAAUAUCAUAGAACAACAACAAUUUCAUCACAAUAUGUGUCUCGUGUUGUAUUAACAACUCAACCCGAUCAUUCAACAAAGAAAAUUGAUAUAGAAUGGGAAAGUAAAACACCAAAUAGACAUAGUGCAAUGGAACUAACUAAAUUUGGAAUGAACCAGUAUUUCCGUUUGUUAUCUUUAAACAAUUCAAUUAGAAAAUCUAAGUCAAUGAUUAAAACAACUUACGUUCCAACUCGAUUUCUAUUUUGUUAUGGAACAUGUCCAUUUAAUGGAACAGAAGUAGAAGAUGUAGUUUUUUCAAUUCAUUUUCCAUUCUUUAUUGAAAAAGUAGGAGGAUCAAGGGCUUCAUUAAUUUUAACUUGUUCAUUAAAUUUUCCAGUACUACCAACACCAUUAACUAAAAACCAUUUCUUCUUUGAUACUCUUUAUGACUCAUUAAAUCUAAUUAUUUAUAAAUUUUAUGUAAUUCAUUUCAGUACAGGAAAUGCUUUAGAUUUUAUUAUUAAUGAAAUAAACAAUUUAAUAGACUCUAUAGAAAAAACAUUAGUAUCUUUAACAUUCCCUAAACCAGAACUUCUUCCAAUUGAAAAUUAUUUACCACAAUCAAAUAUUUCAAAACAGUUUAAAGAUGAUAUUUCUUUUAUUUCGUCAGCUAUUUCUGCUCAUCAACAAACUUAUACAACAAUAUGUAUUACUUCAAAUAGUAAAUGUGCAAGUGCAUUUAUGAAUCUUUUUGAACCAUUUAAUACACCAAUUCAUAUGGGACAUUAUUAUCCAAUGUUUUUUUAUCCAGUUGUAUUAGAAAAACCAAUUCCAUUAUUUUCUAUUGUUUUUACACCAGAAAUAUCUGUUGAAAGUUAUAUUAAUUUUCCACUUCCUUUUUGUAUAAUAGAUCCUUCUCGUCGUUCAGUUCAAAUAUGUUCUGCUUUAUCUUUACCAACACAUUUUCAUAAUCGUGCACAUGAAUUAAUUCAGUGGAUGAUUCAAACUCAAAAAAUAGAUAAAUUAUCAGUAAUUAAAAUAAGAAAAGUUCAAACAAGUAAUUAUCAAUCGAUAGUAAAGAAUGCUAGGUUAUCGACUUAUGUUAUAACCCAUAUUUCACCUUUCUUUUCUUUGUCUUUACAUCAAAGAAAAAUGUUAUUACUUAGAUUUUCUGAAGAACUUGGAAUGAGAGGAAAUAUAUUCUUUAAUUCUGUAAAAUAUGGAGAUGUUCAUCUUGACCGUAAUUGUCAAUGGAUUCGUUUAUUUGAAGAGAUAUAUGGUUGUGAUUUAGAAGGUCUGACAUUAAUAUUAGCUUCUAUGAAAUUAUAUCAACCUAUUCUCAUCCCAAGAACAUUAUGGCUUCUUCAACAAUAUGAAGAAGCAUUAAAAAUAAAUUUUAUUUAA